AUGCCGAUCUGUUUUAUCAACGAUACUCGGGAAAAUUCCACUCUUAACGAAACUAUUAUUGGUCUCGAUUCUAUGGAGCCCCUCGCCGACGUCAUCCUUAUGAGCGCAUUAUCUGUGGUUCUUGGCUUGAUGAUUCUUGUAACUGUUAUUGGUAAUGUUUUCGUUAUCGCCGCUAUUCUUCUCGAGAGGAACCUUCAAAACGUAGCCAACUACUUGAUCGUGUCCCUUGCUGUGGCCGAUCUAAUGGUAGCAUGUUUAGUUAUGCCCCUGGGAGCCGUCUACGUGAUAAGCAAUAAUUGGAUAAUGGGGCCCGAAUUGUGUGAUAUGUGGACUUCAAUUGACGUUCUAUGUUGCACCGCUUCGAUUUUGCAUUUAGUGGCAAUUGCACUUGACAGGUAUUGGGCUGUAACGAACGUCGAUUAUAUCCACACCAGGAACGGUAAUCGCAUAGGGCUAAUGAUCCUCAUCAUCUGGAUAAUAGCUCUAGUGGUUUCUUUAGCACCUCAGAUACCUCAGUUUAAAGAUCCCGAAUAUUUGUACAGAAUAGAAGUGAAAAGACAAUGUUUAGUUAGCCAAGAUGUUAAAUAUCAAAUUUUUGCAACUAGUUCUACGUUUUACGUUCCUUUGUUAGUUAUAUUCGCACUGUAUUGGAAAAUAUUUCAAGCGGCCCGAUACAGAAUACGUAGAAGGAGGGAAUUGAAGAGCCAGAACUUUGAAAAAGUCGAAAGAACUAAUAAUAACAGUAGAAUUGUAUAUUUAAGAUUAACAAACACAUUCCUAGCCAAACGACGAUUCCUGAGAGUGAAAAAAUCUGCUGGAAAAACUCAAACAGCAGAAGCGUUGGUAGGUUCACUUGUUAUGAUGGAAGGCCAAUCCACAACAACAAUGGAAAUACUAGACGAACACGAAGAGCAAACUAGUAGUAACGAUCAAGAAGUAAGUGAAGAAACGACAGCCUUUACAAUAUCAAGACCUCCGACUGAAGACGGUGGUCCAGAACAAAGAUUAACGGUGUCAAAUAAUGUCUCACCGGAGAAGUCAUCACCUGCUGCUAAUAAUGGAUCUACUAGUCAUGUUAGUCAUCAGAGUCAUAUUAUUAAUACAAGCAAAACGGAGAUCGUGCAAACAGAAAGUCACAGUCACGAACCGUCACCGGUCGCCAGUUCCAGGGACAAACACCAAUCCAGACGAGAUAAGAAGGAAAGUCUGGAAGCAAAACGAGAAAGAAAAGCGGCGAAGACGCUCGCCAUAAUUACAGGCGCAUUUGUAAUGUGCUGGUUGCCGUUUUUUAUCUUAGCCUUGCUAAUGCCUCUCUGCGGUGACUCUUGCACAAUAAGCGAGUUUAUCAUGAGCUUCGCUUUGUGGCUUGGAUACUUCAAUUCCACUUUGAAUCCAGUGAUUUACACAAUAUUCAAUCCUGAGUUUCGACAGGCUUUCAAACGAAUCUUAUGCGGUGGACAUAGACAGCAUACCAGAAAUUUUAGAUCUGGCAAGGUUAGGUAA